AUGCCGAUAUCAGUUAUUUAUUUCUAUCUUCGCCGUCCAGAUGUUACUCCGGAGCACUUUCGAUCUUAUAUGGAAGGCACGCAUGUACCAUUGAUCAAAGAAGUGUUUGAAAUGCAUCCACCGCAGUCUCUAAGGUUGCGUUACAUAGCACGCGUCAAGACUGGGGCUGGUGACCGGUUGGGCGCUGUCACAUCAAGCAGAGGACGAGCGGAUCCAGAUGCGCCAGUUGUCUUGGUCGGGUCGCCUAAGGAUGUAGAUUGGGAUGCAAUUGGAGAGAUGGUUUUCCGCGAUGAGUUGCACGUCCAGCAAUGCCUAGCGGUGAUGAACGGUCCAGGUGGACAGCGGAUUAAAGAGGACGAGGAAAUCAUUGCGAUAACGGAGAAGACCCGGGUAAUACUUAUGGGCGAGGAGAGCAAUUUUAUGUAA